AUGUCGCGCUGCCAGGCCGUUAUGCGGCCAAUCGCUCGGCAGCUGCGGCCCAGCGUCGCCCGACCGUUCACCUCUGCCGCAAUUCGACGAUCAGCCGAGACACAGACUGCCACGCCCAGCGCAGCAGACCUCGAUCCCAAUACGGUGCUCCCCGAGUUUGAGCAGCAGCUCAUGAAGGCUGGAAAGAUGCCAAUUGGAUCACGACGACGAAGAAUGGCUAUCCGGAGCACGGGCGACCUGCCGUUUGAGCAUCUCCCGUACCAAGCUUUUCAAGAGGCUCGCAAGAUUCUGGCGGUGGAUCGUGAACAGAAGCUGGCGGAGAUAACCAAAGAGCUAGAGAAGAUCUCUCGGUUAGAAGCUACGAGUCCGGACGAUAUCAAGGGGGGCCAGAAGAUGAAGGAUGUUAAGAUCAAGAGUCUGCACAAAUAUGUCGAGAGGCUCAAGAUCCUUGCAGAUGCCAAUGACCCUGUUGUCAAGAAGCGUUUUGAAGAUGGAACAGGCGAUAUGAACAAGCCUAUCUACCGUCACUACGCCGAGGCCAAGUGGCGCUCCUACGACCACCGUCUCAUCACCCAACGUAUCAAGCAGUUCAACAUCGUCCCCGACGUUCUCCCCAAGCUCGAACCCACAGCCGAUGUUCAGCUAUACUUCCGCAAGCUCAAGAUUCCUCCCGGCCAGAUCGUCGACAGUGUCGUCAGCGAGAACGCACCCCGUCUUCGAGUUCAAGUGUUUGACAAGGGCGAGCGACUCGUCUCUGUAGUCGUCCUCGACUCUGAUGUUCCCAACCCUGACUCCGAUACCUUCAACAAGCGCUGCCACUUCCUCGCCGCCAACAUCCCCAUCAGCCCUACAGACACAUCGCUACCUCUGAGCAGGAUAAAGGGCGAGGAUCAGCUUGCUCUACCGUGGCUCCCCGCAUUCUCCCAAAAAGGCGCUCCGUACCACCGUCUCGGUAUCUAUCUCCUAGAGCAGCAACCCGGCAAGAAGAUCGACGUUGCCAAGCUCAAGGAACUAUACAGCCAGCGCGAUGGAUUCUCGCUCAAGUCCUUCCGCGACAAGUUCAGCACAACGCCCUUUGGGUUCAACAUGUUCCGUAGCGUCUGGGACGAAAACACCGCGGCUGUCAUGGCGCGACACAACAUCCCCGGCUCUGAUAUCGAGUUCAGACCUACGCGCGUGUACAGCCUCAAGCCUCCCGUCAAGCCCCGUGGAUGGGAAGCCAAGCGACAAGGACCCAAGUACCGUCACCUUUGGAAGUACACCAAGAACAUCAGAGGUAUCUCGAACUCGAGGGGAUGGAUCAAGAGGAGGUAG